AUGGUCUUCAUUGUUUUGUUUUACACAGAAAUCCCACCACCAGAACCGCUGGAACCUAUCGAAGAAGUCAUCACAUCUGACUUAGUUGACGGCGAGGCUUCAGAGCCGGAGGAGCCAGAGGAGCCAGAGGGCAUUCCUCCAUACUUCACACAAAAGCCAACCUCACAGAAAGUGGAGGAGGGACAAGACGUGAAGUUUGUCUGCAAGCUGGUAGCUGCUCCUUCUCCUGAGGUUACUUGGUACCAUGGAAACAAAACAGUAAAGGUGACAGGUCGCUUCUCUGUGGAGAUCGAAGCAGACGUCCACCAUUACGUGGUGACCUUCACCAUCAGACAGACCAACCCAAAGGAUGCUGGGAGUUACAUCAUCACCCUCAGCAACUCAGUUGGAGAGGCGAAGGCCAUGGUUUCUCUCACGGUCGAACGGCCAAAGAAAGAGGAAGCACCAGACUUCAGGGCUAAACUGAAGACUAAAAAAGUCGAGGAAAAGCCACCAGAACCAGAAAUACCUCAAGAAGUCCCCGCUGCCUUCGUCAAAGUGCCGAAAAACCUCACAGUCUAUGCAGGAAAUUCUGGGAAGUUUGAAUGUAAAUACAUCGGAGAACCACAACCGAACCUGGCCUGGUUCCGGAAUGAUGCAGCUCUACCCCAGGACGAGAGGUUUAGAGUUGAAAUCACGGACUCAGGGAUGUGUACUUUACACAUAGACGCUAUCACAAUGGCAGAUGCAGGGUGGUACAAGUGUGUGGUGUCCAACCAACACGGGGAGCAGUCAUGCUGUGCCAAACUCAUGGUGGAAGACAAACCAGAAGUUGUCGAAGAACCUCCUGCAGUGGAGGAAGAACAAAAAGACAUUCCCACAAUACAAGAGGAGCCUGUAACAGUAGAAAAGGACACUUCCAUGGUUGAAGAGCUUCGCCAGGCUGCCUUUGAGGUUCAUGGGGAAACAGUAGACGCCAGGGACGAAAGCAAAGCUGAACUCAGGGUGGAAGAAAAAGCUGCACCCACUGAGACCCUGACAGAGUUGACUGUAGGCGAAGGGUUAGACUUGAAACGAGCCAAGUCACCUCUAGUCGAGUUCCCACUUGACAAAGAACGGACGUUUUCCGGGGCAUCGGUUGAGAGCCCUGCUCCUGAAGACUUCCUCUCGGCCGAGGAAGGUCCAGAGGAAGACGAGACAGUCCCAUCUGCUCCUUCAUUCCUCCAGACUAUUGAAGAUUUCAUAGUAGUUCCGGGAGAGCCCGCCUUGUUCCAGUGUAGGGUCGCGGGAAACCCAACCCCGGAGGUUGCCUGGUUCAGGGAUGGCGCGAAAAUCGAGCCGAGCGAUCGCUACGUCAUCGUGCGGUCUGACGCGGGGGUGACGUCGCUCACCAUCCGUGACGUCACAGAGAAGGACGAGGCUGAGUACACCUGCACGGCCGUCAACUCGGCGGGAAGUGCCUUCUGCACCGCAGACAUCUACUUCUCAGAGGAAAGCCGUGGCGAGAAGCUCAAGACCAAACUCGAACAGAAACGGAUCACAAAGCAAGAGAUGAUCGUAGAAUUCCCACCCGAAUCUCCCACUGAGCCGGGGAAAGACGAAACCGCCGCCGAACCAGAGUUCGCACCGCCCAAGUUCGUCGGCGAAAUCAUCGACGAGAUCGUGCGGGUAGAAGUUGGCGGGACGGCACGCUUCACCCGUCGGGCGGUGGGACGACCCAAGCCGCAGCUGAUCUGGUACAAGGACGAUGUGGAGAUCGAGCCUGGAGGAAGGUUUACUAUAGAGUACAGUAACGACGGGAGCAGCAGCCUGGUGAUCCCUAACGUGCGGCCGGAGGAUGAGGAGGAGUACAUCUGCAGGGCUGUUAGUGAAGCCGGCCAGGCUAUGUGCUACGCUGAUCUGAUUGUCGAUAGAGCUGAAGAGGAGGCUCCCCAGAUCAUCCCGCCGUCGUUCUCGCGAGAGUACGGCGAGAUCCGGGCCAUGGAGGGCGGGUCCGUGCGGUUCGUUGCCGCGGUGACCGGCUCACCCGAGAUCGAGGUGGCCUGGCUGAAGGACGGAGUGGAGCUCCACGAGGGACCCAAACACUGGAUCCUGUUCGACGACAACGUAGCUGUACUGGCUAUCCCCAGAGUUGACCUUGCGGACGAAGGCUUCUACACGUGCCGCGCGCGCAACGCGGCCGGGAUGGUGGAGAUCUCGGCACCGCUCAUCAUCGAAGUGCCAGAGCUGAAGUUCGAGGCCCCGCCACCCAAGGUGGUCAAGCCGAAGAUCAAGAAGCCCGUCGCCAAGAAGGAGGAGAAGGUCGAGGAGAAACCUGUCCUCGUCAAACCGAAGGUGAAGAAACCGAAGCCCAAGAAGGAGGUCCCGAUGGUGGGAGAGGAAGCCGUGAAGAAGGCCAAACCCAAGACGAAGGGACCCGGACCUUUCUUCAUCAUGAAACCCAAAUACAGAACCGUGCCAGAAGGAUCUGGUACACAGUUCCGCGCCAAGGUAGGCGGCGACCCGAAGCCGACGGUCCGCUGGAUGAAGGGCAAGUGGCGGUCCAUCGAGGACUCGGCCCGCAUCCACGUCUACCACGACACCAAGAAGGACGAGUACGUCAUGGAGAUCCGCGAGACCAAGCCGUCAGAUGCAGGUAACUACAAGUGCAUCAUUGAGAAUGAAGGCGGCAAGGAGGUCUGCGGUGUGACGCUGAUCGUGGAAGAGAAACCCAAGGAGCUGCUAGACUGGCGCUCACUUCUCAAACCUGUUUCCCUCCGUAAGGAGGAGGAACAUGACAUUGACAUCUGGGAGAUUCUUAAGAACGUUGACCCGUCCGAGUAUGAGAAGUACGCCCGGAUGUUCAAGAUUUACGACUUCCGUGGUCUGCUGCAUCAUCUCAUCUGGCAGAGGGCACAGCUCGAGGAGGGACGCAAGAAGCUCGAGGCUGCUAAGAAGGGCCGUGAGGCCUGGCAGCCGCGUACCCCGACCCCACAGCCCAUGGAGGGCGCCGAGGUGGACUUCGAGCGCGCCUUCGAGGAGAUGCAGAAGAGUCUGUACGCAGAGGAGCGUGUGAUGCCCCUGCGUGGACCAGAAGACCAGCGUAUCCCGCCGCAUAACCGCGCCAGAUUUGAGUGCGAGAUCGAGAUCAGAGAUCCCAAGAUCGAGCUGGAGUGGUACCUCAAGGGCGAGAAGUGCGUUGAGGGAGAGAAGUUCCAAUUCGAGCGUAAGAACAACACGUACACCCUGAUCGUGAACGACGGUCGCAUCGAGGACUCCGGGAAAGUCGGGGUCGUCGCCGGACCGUACAAGGGCUCAGCCUUCCUCACUGUGGACCCCAUGCUGAAGGCAGGUUUCCUGUCCGGCAUUGGGGACAUCGAGGUUCCGCAGGGCGAGCCUGGAACGUUCUGCUGCGAGGUUACCCCUGACGACGCUGACGUCACCUGGUACAAGGAGGGCGUGCAGCUCGAGCAGGAUGAGAAGUUCCAGUUCGUGAAGCACGGAAACAAGCGCAUGUUGGUUGUGCGUGACUGCCAGCCUUCAGACGAGGCCAUCUACGCUGUCACCUGCGGGGAUGAGAAGUCUGAGGGAGGCCUCACCGUGGAAGUGGAAGUGAUGGAAAUCACCAAGCAUAUCGAGAACAUCGAAGUGAUUGAGAGACACAACGCGACGUUCGAGUGCGAACUCAACACCGAGUACGCAGACGUCACCUGGUUCAGAGAUGAGAAACAGUUAGAACCUGGUGAGAAAUACUCGACCAGUCAGAAGGGCUGCAGCUACUACCUGACUAUCUAUGACGUGACAGCAGAUGACGAGGGAGAGUACACGGCAGUGGUGGCCGACAAGAGCUGCCGGGCCGAACUCUUCGUCAUUCUGGAAGGUGCCCUGCAGCUUGUGCGUCCCCUUGAGGAUGUGCACUGCCUGGAGUGGCAGCCCAACGUGUACUUCGAGUGCGAGAUCUCCGCCGCUGGGCAGCAGCCGCGAUGGUUCCGUCUGGAGGAGGAGAUCUUCGAAGGAGACAAGUACCGGUUUGAAGUGGACGGGAAAGUCCAACGUCUGCACUUCCACGACGUGGUUUGUGCGGAUCAGGACGAGUACAGCUUCAAGAUCGAGAGAAUCAGCACCACAGCCAAGCUCUACGUCGAAGCCCGAGAGAUCCACUUCGACAGCCCGAUCUCUGACCUUGAGCGUCUGGCGGGCGAGCCAGCUCACUUCGAGUUUGAGCUGGACCAGACAGACGUGGAGACGCGCUGGUUCAAGGAGGAAACUCAGAUCACCAUGAGCCCCAAGUACAAGAUGAUCGACGAACAGACCAAGCACAAGCUUGAGAUUCUGGACUGCCAGCCCGAUGAUGCAGCCCUGUACAAGGUAAAGGCAGGACCGCACACCUCCGAGGCACAUCUCUGGGUCAAAACCUUCCAAGAGAAGGUCGCCAUGAAGGGCGGGGACGCGACGUUGGACGUGCUGUUCCCGCACGAGGCUGACGACGACGUUCGCUGGUUCAUGCUCCACCCCGUCGACGAGGAGACCAUUUCCGCCAUCGACGAGAUCGGCGUGGAGGCCAUUCCCGGCGCCACGCUCGCCAAGGAGAUGCCACGCGACGUCGAGAGCCCCGUGGACGUAGCGGCCGCUCCGCCUCUCCCCGACGACGCGAUUCUAACCCCCGAGGGCGCCAUCAUCAUCCCCGACAAGGGGCUGCGGAUGUCGCCGAUCGCCGAGAGCGACAAGUACACCUUCCUGAAGGAGGGACGUCGCCAGUCGUUGAUUAUUCAUGACGCAGACGAUGAUGACAAGCAGGCCUACACGGCUAAGUCCCAGGGAGUGGAGGUUGUGACAGAUCUGAAGCUCACAGAGAGAACCCAGCUUCUGGUCGGUCCAGAGAACCAGGAGGUUCCCUUCCACACAAAGUGCGUCUUCGAGUGCGAGAUCAACAACGAGACCGAGGACGUGCUCUGGCUGAAGUACGAACAGGAGCUGCCGAAAAUACCCAAAUAUUCCUAUGAAAAGGACGGGUUUAAGCGGAGGCUCAUCAUUAAAGACUGUGUAGAAGAUGAUGAGGACGAUUACCAAGUCGUAGCCGGGGAGGACAAGGCUGAAGCCUGGCUCCUUGUCAUCGGGUCUCCGGAAGUCUUCCUGCGGCCGCUACAGGACCAGGAGAUUCUGGAGUCUGAAGAAGCCGUGUUUGAGUGUGAGAUCUCUCUGGCUAAGCGUGAGGUCACAUGGUACCGGGAAGACCAACAGAUCUUCCCUGGAGACAAGUACGAGAUGAUCACCGAGCACAAGGUCAGGCGUCUCAAGGUCAAGGACGGCAGACUCGCCGACGAGGGAGAGUACUCCUGCAUCUUCGGCGACCAGAAGACAACCGCAAACCUCUACGUCAAAGAGCUGCCAGCGGAUCUUGAAGCAGUUCCCACAGCUGAGUUCUCCGGCCCUCUCCGGGACCAGGAGGUCUGGCAACUGGAGCAGGCCACCUUUGAGUGUGAAGUCGCCAAGGAGGAGGCCUACGUCAUGUGGCUCAAGAAUGGCGAGGAGGUCAUGCAGAGUGAGAAAUACGACAUCAGUGUGGAGGGUCGCCGGCGCAUCCUGAAGAUCAAGGGCUGCCUUCCCGAGGACGAGACCAGCUACAUGGCCAAGUCUGGAGACUGGGAGACAACUGCCAACCUCAUCGUCAAAGUCCCAGUCACCUUCAUCCUCGGCCUUGAGGACCAGUACGCGAUCGAAGGCGAUGAGGAAGCGAGCUUCAUGUGCGCCAUCUCGGACCCCGAGGCCGAGGUCACCUGGUACCGUGAGUCCGAGGCGCUUUCCGAGGGCGAGAAGUACUCCUUCGUGGCCGAGGGCGCGCGCCGCAAGCUCCUCAUCCGCGACAUCAAAACGGCCGACCAGACCAAGUACAGCUGCGCCACCAACGCCGACAAAACCGAGGCGAACCUGUUCGUCGAAGCCCUGCAUGACUUCUGUCCCGGACUGGAGGACCAGUAUGCGAUCGAGUAUGACGAUCAGGCGCAGUUUUCCUGCAGGAUGUCCCACCCCGAUGCUGAAGUAACCUGGUACAAGAACGAUCAGAAACUGGAGAACUCAGAAAAAUACGAAAUCCUUCUGGAUGGGCAUAACCACUAUCUCGUAAUCAGGGACAUCAGGAUGGACGAUGAUACCUCCUAUUCUUGCGAGUCCAAGCACCGUAAAACUACUGCCCUGCUGGUCGUGGAAGAACUUAUCGACAUCAGCCCUGGGCUAGAGGACCAGUAUGCGAUCGAGUAUGACGCGCAGGCGACUUUCUCCUGUAGGAUGUCUAAGCCCAACGCCAAGGCGACUUGGUACAUGGGCGACAAGACGUUAGAAAACUCAGAAAAGUACGAAAUCAUUGUAGAUGGUCAUGACCACAGUCUCAUCAUCAAGGAUAUCCGAAUGGCAGAUGAUACAGUCUACUCCUGCGAGUCCAAGCAUCGCAAAACUUCAGCUCUCCUGUUUGUUGAAGCUUUACACGACUUCUGUCCCGGCCUGGAAGACCAGUAUGCGAUAGAGUACGAUGAUCAGGCACAGUUUGCCUGCAAACUGACGCAGCCCAAUGCGGAGACGACCUGGUACAGGGAAGACGAGAAGUUAGAAAACUCUGUAAAGUAUGAAAUCCUUGUGGACGACUACGAUCACUCUCUUAUCGUCAAGGAUAUUCGGCUGGAAGACCAAACAUCCUACUCUUGCCAGUCCAAGCAUCGUAAAACUACAGCAAACAUGUUCGUCGAAGCGCUAGUCGACUUCUGUCCUGGGAUUGAAGACCAGUACGCCAUUGAAAAGGACGCGCAGGCGCAGUUCUCCUGCAAAAUGACGCAGCCUGAUGCCAAGGCAACCUGGUUCAGGGAAGAAGAGAAAAUACAGGACUCUGAGAAAUACGAAAUCAUCGCUGAUGGCUACGAUCACGGUCUUAUCAUCAAAGACAUCCAACUUAAAGAUGAAACUUCGUACACUUGCGCAUCGAAACAUCGCGAGACUACAGCCAAACUAUUCGUAGAAGGCCUUGUCGAUCUAAGCCAAGGCUUGACCGACCAGUAUGCUGUAGAAGGCGAUGCGUCGGCAGUGUUUGCCUGCGAAAUGUCGGCAGCUGACAGCAAGGCCACCUGGUACCGAGAGGAAGAUGUUUUGGAACCGUCUGAUAAAUAUGAAAUCCGUGCAGACGGGAACAUCCACAGGCUGGUGAUCAAGGAUAUCAAGACAGUCGAUGAAACAAACUACUCCUGUGCAUCUAAACAUCGCAAAACAACUGCGAACCUUUAUGUGGAAGCACUUCUUGACUUCUGCCCUGGCCUGGAAGACCAGUAUGCGAUAGAGUAUGACGCGCAGGCGAAGUUCUCCUGCAAAAUGACUCUGCCGAACGCCGAGGCGACUUGGUACAGGGAUGACGAGAGGAUCGACAACUCGGAUAAAUACGAAAUCCUCGUGGACGGACAAGUCCACACUCUAAUCAUCAAAGAUAUCCGGUUGGAUGAUGACACGUCCUACUCUUGCGCGUCCAAGCAUCGCAAAACUACGGCGAAGCUGUUCGUCGAAGGUACCAGAGAAAGAAAAACGGCAGCACUGUCUGUACAUGCUUGCGAGUAG